AUGGACGAGGAGUUCGAAGCUUUGCACCGCAACAAUACGUUGUCUCUAGUCCCGCGUGGCGGUAGGGUUCCAAUCGACUGUAAAUGGGCUUACCAGGUCAAGCGCAAAUCGAAUGGUUCAGUUGAUCGAUACAAGGCACGCCUUGUGGCCAAAGGGUUCUUACAGAUAGUUGGCCGAGAUUACUUUGAAACAUAUGGCCCGGUUAUGAAACCGGCCACUAUCCGGUUGGUCCUAACCAUUGCGUUAAGUAACCGCUGGGGUUUGCGCCAGUUGGAUAUCAAUAACGCUUUCCUGCAUGGCACGCUGCAUGAGGAAGUUUAUAUGGAGCAGCCGCCCAGAUAUGUUGAUCCACUAUACCCUACUCAUGUUUGCAGGUUAACUAAAGUUCUGUAUGGCCUUAAAUAUGCCCCAGAGCCUGUCUACGUGGAUGAUAUUUUGUUGACAAGCAAUAAUGUCACCGGGCUUAAUCGUUUUGUGAAGAUUCUGUCAGCCCAGUUUGCUCUGAAGGAUCUCGGUACACUCCAUCAUUUCUUGGGUGUCAAGGUCAUCUCUACUGUUGAUGGCACAGAUCAUGUGUUAAUGGUACUGCAGUGCUAUCAGAUCGACGGCUCUGUUGGCGGACUGAACCGUGCAUGUCAUAGCAAUCUUCAAGCGAAGCUUCAGCUGUACCAGGGGUGUUACAAUGUGUUCCUGUCACAAAGCCAGUAUAUCACUGAUAUACUAACACAGUUCAAAACGGAUGGUGCAAAGGAUGUUUCAACACCACUGGCUGUUUUAGAAAAAUUAGUGCCACUACAGUCUCCUGACUCUGCCGUGGAUGCUACGCAGUUUCGUCGCUUGGUAGGUCUUAUGCAGUACUUUGUAAUCACCGGGCCAGAUGUGGCGUUUGUGGUCAAUCGUCUCUCUCAAUUUAUGCAUGCGCCUUCGGAGCUACACUGGCAAGCUGCUAAAAGACUACUUCGUUAUCUCAAAGGGACUAUUUGUCACGGCCUGUUCCUUCGCGCUGGUCAACCUUUGUUGCUGCGUGUAUAUACCGACUCCAAUUGGGGCGGAUGCGACACUGUUGGACGCUCGACUACGACGUACUUGGUGUAUCUAGGCGACAACCUUAUUUCCUGGAAGUCCUCACGGCAGAAUUCGGUUUCUCGUUCAUCAAUAGAAGCUGAGUAUCAGGCCAUAGCUAAUGCAGCAGCGGAGGUCCUCUAG